UUGUUGAUUGGAAACCAUUUGCUCUUUCUCUUCCUGGUGGAAUAACACAACUUGAUGUUGAUAUAAUUAAAAGGAAAGGAAGCUCUUACCUCAGGAUGGAGGCAUUACAUAAGAGAUGGUUACAAGUUAAUCCUACAGCAUCAUGGAGAGAUGUCAUUAAUGCUUUGAAACAAUGUAAAGAGAAUGAACUAGCUAGAACUAUUGAAGACAAAGUGACAGAUCCCACAGCUGGAAGAAGUACUAAUGAUGAUAUGGAAGUCAGUACCAGUGAUGCUAAUCCUGGUCCUAUAACAGGUAAUCCAAAGGAUAUACUAAGGACUCGUUCUAGUAAACUAAUUGAUGAUAUCUCACAAAAUCUUUACAAAACAACAACUCAAUUACAUGCUAAAGGAUUGAUACCACAACAAGCAGUUGAUGAUGUACUUGUAAUGGGAGUUAUGACUGAUUAUACUAAAGCAAUGAAACUG